AUGUCGAUAAUUCGUCCGAAGCGAUGGAGCACUGGUUGGAGCGGAUGGGGCGGUGGAUAUAGUUACCCGUGGAGCGGAUUGGGUAGUGGAUGGAGCACUGGAAGUUACCGUCCCCUGGGGUGGAUGGAGCAGUUUGGGGCACUGGAUACAACCGCCCCUGGAGUGGAUGGGGCAGUGGAUGGGGUAGCGGAUGGGGUAGUGGAUGGGGCACAGGACAUAGCCGCCCAUGGGGUGGAUGGGGUAGUGGAUGGAGCAGCGGAUAUGCUCGCCCAUGGAGCAGUGGCUGGGGAUCGUACACAUACGGAUGAUCAGCUUUGA